CUGCGAGCUCAAGCAGACAGUACUUCUCCACUUGGAUUUACCGAAGGCUUUUGUAAUCACUAUUUCCUUUGGGAAAAUGACCAUCACAGAUUUCUCAAUUGAAUACGAUUCCAUCAAUAGACAAAACAUCUUUACAAAUGGAGAUACCAUGAACGGAAGAAUUAUUGUGGAGGUCUCCAAAGAAACUACAAUCCAAUCGCUAACUUUCUUUGGAAAAGGAAAGGCAAAGGUUAGCUGGCAUGAACAAUACGGACAAUAUGACCAUCGUUACUACUCGUCUGUUGAGAAAUAUUAUGAUGUCAAACAACAUAUCUUGAGAUAUGGUACUGAAACAAUUACCAAAGGAAGACAUGCUUUCCCAUUUGCCUUCAAGAUUCCUGAUCGAAAAAUGCCAUCAUCGUUCAAGUCAGGGACCGGUAGAAUUGUUCAUAAAGUUACAGCCGAGCUCAGACAAACCAUGAAGCUGACUAAAACAGCUAAAGCCCACUUCACAUUUGUCUCCAAAGCAGACAGGAAUAUACCUGGACUUAUGGAAGAUCAGCAUGAUUUCACGGAUAAACGUCUAAGCAUUUUUGGCUCUGGAACUGUUGCAAUGGAUGUUCACAUGAGCAGAAUGGGAUACCAGCAAGGUGAAGAUCUCCAAGUCAACGUUAUAAUUCAUAACCAAUCAUCUCGUGCCGUGAAGCCCAAAUUCGUAUUGUACAAAAAGCAGAGUUUCUUUGCCCAGGGCCAAAGCAGAGGCUGCACAAAGGAGGUUGUCAAGGAGAAAGUGCAGCCCAUUGACGCGUAUAGCAACAAGACUGUGACAAAGGUGAUCAACAUCCCCAGAGAGCUGCCAUCCUCCAUUCUGAAUUGCGGCAUGGUGGAAUAUAGGCUGAAGAUCACCCUGAAUAUCAAAUAUGCAAUGGACCCAAAGAUCACACUUCCCAUUGUUGUCCUACCUGCCUUUGAUGUUCCUGCCCAAACACAACCACCGGGUCCUGCUACCUUUGGAGUUGGGACAUUUUGGAACUCAAACCAACCGACCCGGAGCCAAACAACCCAGCAUAGAGCAGCACCUCAACCGCUGGACCUUCCUCCACCUUAUGAAGCACACGCAAUGUAUCCCUCCUCGAGUAAUACUGACAAAUAUGGACGUUUACGAUAAAUCUCCCUUCACCGUGUUUUUUUCUCCAUGUACCCAAUGUACAAUGUACCCAGAAUGACAGCAACAAACACCACAAGGAAAAAUAAUAGUGAUAUAUGUUUUGGAAGAUUAACCGGUUAGGCAAGGUUUAAACAGUAAACUGUACACUGUGGUCUUAUAUGUCCUAGCAAAACCUCAAGUUGUGUUAAUUUAAAUAUAACUUAAAAAAAAUCGACUUAUCUUUCUCAUGGCACACACACAUACACACACUAAAACAAUUUUAAUGAAAUAUGAUACUGUUAGUGAAUUGAAACAAUUUACUUCUGUUGUAUGUUGUACGAUCGUAGCCUUAUUUGAAAGCAUAUUUCUCAUAUUCAACCGAGCUUAUAGUUUAAUAAAAAAAUAUUAUGGGAGUAUUGCUGUCUCUGCUGGUCAUUGUUAAUGUACCGAACUCAUUAUCUUGAGUGGAACACACUCCGAUUUGUAUUAACUCACUUAUUACAAAAAGGCAGGGUUAUCCCAAAAUUUUCCAUGGAGGGCCUCAUACAGAAAAGUUCAGGAUGCAGGGGAGCUACUUUGAUCCAUUUUGUCGAUGGCAAAAUCAAUUAGUUGUAUUCGUUGUA